AUGGCUGCCACUCAGAUUCAAUCGCAAGCUGAGGAAGAGGUCAGCAAACUGAAAACUCUCGAACUUGACCGGGAAAAAUAUAUGCAAAAUCGGCAAGAGCUCGAAAUGAAACUUUCGGAGAGCACAAACGUGAAACAGGAAUUGGAUUUGAUGGACGACGACGCGAAAAUUUUCAAGUUGAUCGGCGCAGUUCUCGUUCGUCAGGAUCUCGAUGAGGCGAAAUCAACAGUCGACAAGCGAUUACAAUUCAUCGAGAGCGAAAUCAAAAGAGUCGAAGCGAACAUCACGGAUUGCAAUAAGAAAACCGACGCGCAACGGGAAAAAGUCACGAAAUUGAUGCAGGCGAUGCAAGCGGCCGCCAAAAAAUAA